AUGUCUCUUCCGACCGACGCCCGCCCCAUCGUCAUCUCCGGCCCCAGCGGCGUUGGCAAGGGAACUCUGUACAAGCUGCUCUUCGACAAGCACCCCGAGACCUUCACUCUCUCCGUCUCCCACACCACUCGCAAGCCCCGCCCCGGUGAGCAGGAUGGCGUCGACUACUUCUACGUAUCCAUGGAGGAAUUCGAGUCCCUGAUCGAGGCCAAGGGUUUCGUUGAGCACGCUAAGUUCGGCUCCAACCGCUACGGCACAAGCAAGAAGACCAUCCAGGAACAGAGCGCCAAGGGCAAGGUUGUUGUUCUGGAUAUCGAGAUCGAGGGCGUCAAGCAGGUGCGCCAGUCCGACAUCGACGCGCGGUACGUCUUUAUCCUUCCUCCCUCCGUCGAGGAGCUAGAGAAGCGUCUCCGCGGACGAGGCACCGAGACCGAGGACAGCGUUCAGCAGAGACUCAAGAGGGCUAAGGAGGAAAUCGCGUUUGCCGAGGAGGGCGGCUUCGACAAGACCAUCACCAACGACGACUUGGAGAAGGCAUACAAGGAGCUGGAUGAGUGGGUUUAUGCCCAGAAACAGUAA